AAAGUGAAGUUGCACAUGUUGCCCUGACAGAGUCACUGGAAAAUCCAUGACCGACAUGAAGCUUGUUACCUGUCUGCAAACUGAGCAUCAUGAAACAUCACAACUCCUCCUCUCAUUUAACUCCAGAGAUGGAAGAAACAGUGUUAAACUGGUUUAAACCCACAGCAUCACCUCCAGCAGAGGUGAGGGGAGCCAGAGGAGCUCAGCAUGGAUGCACAGCGUCUGCUGCCACCCCCCCGCCUCCGAUCCCUCUCCCUGCAGCAGAUGGCUUUGGUCAGAGGUGGACAGGUAACAGACGACCCUGCACCUCCUCCCAGGGCACCUGAGCCCUGCCCUGCUCCUUCUGUCCCCUCUCCGUCCUGCUCCCUGCGCCACCAACCUCCUCCACCCUGCUCGCCCAGCUCGUUCAACACCUCCAGCUUCUAUCUUUUCCUCCGUCAGCCCCAGCACGCCACCCUCCAACUGUUUCCCCCCUCCUCAGGGCUGUCCUCCCCCUCCCUUCCCCUCACUCUCCUCUCCUCUGGGUUGUGUCUGUUGGGCCAGCCCCUCCCUCCCUCCUCCCCCCAGUGGUGCAGGCCUUCUGGACGGAGCAGAUGGUUAGAGAGGGCCAGGAGGAGACGUCCUCUAACCUGGGAGCCCAGCCAGACCUGGCCCACAGCGAAUGCCUGAUGCCUGCCUAAUAGACCUGGACUGGGCUUGCAAGAAAUUGUCUCACUCCAUGUGUGUGUUUGUGUUUGUGUAUGUGUGUGCAUAUGGUAUUGUUGUGGGUUUUGGAAUGUGUGUUAUUUAAAACUCACAGUUUGUCAAUAUUUGGCCAUGAAGUUUAGAAUCUUAGAAAGGCCAAAAGUAACAACAUGCACAUAUGCAAGCACUAUACCAAAGUAAUGCUCGGAGCUUUCACACCUCACUUGUCAGGUCUGUAUCUGAUUCUCAGUUUAGUCAGAACCAAAAUAACUGGCGUGAA